GCGUGAAACGCUCCCGUUCUGCGCUAUUUACAGGCAUAAAGAAAAAGCACACACAGUCGUAUCCUCAAAUUUGUUGUGGUUGACUGAUUCAUCGGGUGAGCCUACCCAGCCUGUCAAUUUCAAGAUUUUAAAGAAUUUGUUGUAAAAUAAUGAUACAUGCAGACUAGUCAAUGACAAGGGAGAAGUUAUAGACCGUGUGAGUGUAAUGAAAAUCAGCAAUACAAAAACCGAAAUUCAGAAUUAUUUGAACUCGACGAAAAGGCUAGUUGUACCACCAUGCAGAAGUUUUGGAGAGAUUAAAGGGUCAGUUGAUCUCACAUCAAAAUCCAAGAAAUCCCUCAAAUCCAAGUCACCAGCCCAUCAAAUCAAAAAGAAGACCGCCUCCAAGGGUAAGAGCGAUGCUGUUCAGGAAGUGAAAAGGAGAGCCGAUGAUAUUAUUGCUAAACGAUUUGAAGAAAAUGAUGGCUCAGGGACUCAGACUCGGGCUGGCAAAUUCGUACUGACGCGAAGAGAACCUGAGGAAUCACUCGUCCCUGAAAGCUCUUCAGACAAAGCCGCGAAUAGAUCCCACCGACUAAAUGUUACGACCCCUUCUCGAACGUUCAAACGUUCUAAACGUAAAAAGUCAGCUGGCAAUGACAAUGAACCCGAGGAAUCAUCCGGCCAAGAAAGCUCUCCAGACGAGAUCGAAGAUGAACCCCUCAGACCAAGUGUUACGGUCCCCCCUCGAAGGAUUAAACGUUCGAAACGGAAAAAAUCAACUGGAAAUGACAAAAAAUGUAGAAAAUUAUCGUGCUCUGACGACACAGGGGAGAAGGAAGACACUGCAGGAGAUUCAAAAAGUGAGGAAGAUGCUACUUUGGAGGAAGCUGGAGCAAAAAUUCGAGGUGGAAACGACAACGAAGAACAAGAAGAAGAAAGUGAAGAUGGAACAAAAGAAGAAGAGAAUAAAGUAGAUGAAAGUGAAAAUGAACACUCGAAUGACGCGAGCUUAGUCGGUGUCGCAAAAUCAUCUUUUGCUCCCCCUGUCAAGACGGUUGGACGUGGCAAUCGUUCAAAACUCUAUACCAGACUGAACACAGAUCCACCUUCCAAAAAGAUCGACGAUGAUGAGACAGAAGAGGAGACUGAGAAAAGUCCGGGAAUGAAAGAUACGCCAGAACGAGUUGACGAAAAAAAGGGAGAAGAAACAGACGGAGAAGAAGAAUCAGAUGGCUCGACUGUUUCCAGUGAGGCGAAGAAAAAAGCAAAUAUGUCAGAGGGAAAGGAUGACUCAAGAAAGGACUGUUACAAUUUCUCUGAUAGUGACCUCUCACCGAGUGAAUCAGACGGACGAGAGGAAAUAAGAAGAAGAUGCAGAGCGGGAAGAGGAGUGAGAACACCAUUAGUUGUCCAAGAUUCAACUGACGAUGAAGUAGAAGAUCCUAAAAAACAGAGUAAAGGCGAUCGAGAUUCCUCCACUUUGAUCGGAGAUACUGGUGAACAAUCACGCGAUGAUUCAGGAAAUUCAGAUGAAGAAAGUUUUAACCCCCGGCAGACGGUGUACGCUGUUAUUGAGGAAGUACCAACCCCUCGCAAUACUUCUAAAUCCCCGAAAGUAGUUGAUUCCACUUCAAAAAAAGUGAACUCAGCAGAAGCUGCCAUGAACAAAUCUAAGCAGAAAAAUGAUGGGAAGAAGGUGGAUGGGGAGAAAACUAAUAUGAGAAAAGACAAAUUCGCUGAAGAAAGUAUCGAACGUCUUCCAAGCGAGGAACCCUUACGGGAAUCGAAUAAUAAUGAGAUCCUAAUUGCUGCAUACAUGGAAGAGCUUCAACUCUUAAGAAGAGAGAAAGAAGAAUGGCUUCACGAGAAAAAAAAUUUACUUCAAAAAUUAACACAAUAUCAAGAAGACCGUGAGCGAGGCGAGCUACGUAUGGAGCUGUCUGUGGACAUAGUUAAGUCAGCAGUCAAAGAAGCUGUUAAAGAUGGCUUGCCAAAAGAUACACAAAAAAUCAUCACCGAUGCCAAUGGAAAUGUACCUAUGCCCCAUAAUUUCUUCCUCCCAUUAACCGAAUACGUCAAAAUGAUGUCUCAAGAAACAGUACAAAAAAGAGUGAACUUACUUGUGGCGCAUUAUUGGGCGAAAGAGGAAAAAAUGAAUUGGUACAUGGAGAUAAAGCCUAAUACCUUGAAAAGGAAUCCUCAGGCUGAACUCAUCCCAUAGGGACAAUUAUCACUGCAAGAUAUUGUCUCAGCUACGCAAGAAAUUAAGCCUCUGCCUGGCACCAUCAUCGUGAAGAAAAAACGAGGACAGAAGGGUCAAAAGAAGAAUGAAAAAACGGAAACGAGAGAGGUUGCGUGGCCGGUUGCCUUCAAGGAGUAUGUUAGACUGAAGCUGAAUUCAGACAGAUACCUGGAUCAUAAACUACUCCAAGAAGAUUAAUCGGUCAC